AUGGAGGAGUGCGGGGCCAACGGGUUUGAUUUCAUUGCCUACCAGCCCAAGGGGAAGCAACGGGAUGACGUUCGGUCCAGGAUUCGAAGCCAUGCAAUGAAGGCUACGAGCGCAAGUCGCCGAAAGCAAAACCAAGCUGACGUCAAACUCCCCACUGAAGUCCCAGCAAUAGACAUGCAUCACUGCCUCCAUCAUCCCGUCCCGACCUUCGCCCUAGAAGUCACCAAAAUUGGGGAGUACGGGCUGCAUCCUAUCGAUCUUUCUGCAUUGACCUCGAUUCAUCUGGGAAUUAGGUAUGGCUACUUACUCUGCAUACUGUUUAAUUCUUCAUCUUCGAUGGGAAACUUUGAAGCAAAACGGAGGCUAAUCUCGGAUGGUGUCAGAGCAUCGACCAUACUUCGAACAGAGUCAACUCUAUCAGGCCUAUUAAUCUGCCGACAACAGUCAUACUUUUCGUUCAUCCCAUCACGAGUUGGACAAACCGAGGCGCUUCAUAAUGCAUUUCAAUGUCUUCGCACAGUUGCGCAUUCGACCCUCGCUCCAUCUCGUAAGGCAAGUGAUGGUCUGAUCAUGAAAGAUUAUGGGAAAGCUCUGCGUAGCCUUCAAUGUGCCAUAGACGACGAAGUGAAUAGAUACACUGCAGAGACACUGUGUGCGAUUGGACUAUUAGCAAUCUUUGAGGUGUUGAAUCCCACCACAGGCCACAUGUGGAGUCGACACAUCUCUGGAGCUUCACAACUCAUACAAGCAAGAGGGCCAUAUGGAUUUACGUCCGAGUUCGACAGGUGUUUGAUAACCGCGCUGGUCUACCCAAUUUGUAUUGAAGCAUUAUUUACGUCUCAAGAGUGCUUCCUUGACAACCCUGAAUGGACUGGGGUUCUUGAAAGUGCUGUCAUCGCACAAGAUACGUUCUCCGAUAGGUCUCGCCUCGGCGUGACCCUCAUGACCUUCAUGACUAGGAUCCCGAAUCUUGCGCUGAUGACGUUUCAAUUGUUAUCAGCGGAUACGUGCCUCGAGACUGCUGAACUCCAAGCUGGGGUAGCGAAAUUGCGGUCCCUCCGAUCCGCCAUCAUUGCUUGGCGCCGUAGCUUCAACACAGCGCUUAUGAACGCCGUGGACGUCUGUCACACGGCAAAGGAUGAGACCGGCAAGCGCUAUGAACUGCUUGCAAUAUGUAUUGUUCUCCAUAUCCUCACUACUCGCAUGUUACUCUGCAUCUCACCCAACGAGCGAGAAUUCCUCGAGGAGGAAGUACAAAACCAGGCCGCGGAAUUAAAGGAGAUCCAGGUUUCUGUAGCAGGGAAGCAUGGCCGCGCGGCAUUUUUAAUCUCACAAAAGGCCAUGACGGCAGAUGCGGCCAUCGCCACACACUCUGACUUCCAGGAGUCCGUAGGUACUUGGAGUCUGAUGGAACCUUGGAAAUUGGCCAGGUUUUUGGAACUAGCUAAGAAGAAGGAAGUAUGA